AUGGCAUUAACUGUUGUUAAAUAUCGUAAACCUGGCCCAGGUGGUGGAGGUGGGGCAGGAGCAGGUGUAACAACAAAUGCCACCCCUUCAAUAUUAAUUAGAAGUAAAAUGCAAACUCAGCAACAACAACAACAAUCUAGUAAACAAAAUCAAUCAUCAUCGCAGUCGUCGUCGACGGCUGACUCAAAUAAGAAAUCAUUAAUAAAACUUGGAAGCAGAACUGGACUUGUUAUCAAUAAAAUACCGGCAAUUAUCAAGCCAGCCAUGAAGCGGGCAAGUACAGUAACUGGAGACAUUGUCCAUAAGACUCCAAAAUAUUCUCUACAAACCAUAGCCUCAGCGGGAACACCACUAACAAGUUUUCAAUGGCAACAGACCAUUGGCGGUGACAGUACGACAACCACAAACAAAAAGCAACAAAUUGGAGCAGCCAUCAGCUCACUGCCACCAAAUACAAUUAUCAAGGCGACUAGUGCCAGUAGUUUACAAAACUCCAAUGGCACUACAACACGUCUGACACAAAAUCUAACAUCAUCUGCUGUUGUAUCUCCCGUAGCAUCGGCUCAAAUUCGUAGACCCACAUUUAUUCUCAAACGUGAUAUACCUGAACGUACUAUACGCACAAUAACUGUGGAAUUAAUUGAAAAGAAUCCGCUUAUACAUUUGGGUAUAACACCAACACGCUUGCCGCUGCUUAAAAAUAUCAUUUGCUCCACGGCUAAUGUGACAUUAGUCGAUUGCUAUAUAACAUUGAAAAAAUUGAAACAAAACGAAGAUUUUUCACUACUCGCAGAAUACUUUGAAAUGUCCGAGGGUGAGGUGCAGCAUGUAUUUGCAAGAACGGUUGUGAGAUUGGCACGUUACUUAAGAUAUUUGAUAAACUGGCCCGAUAGUAAGAAAUACUAUGAACGUCAUAAAUAUUUACCAUUUGCAUAUCGACAAAAUCUCUCCCAUGUACAAUCGUUAAUCGAGUGUGUGGAAAUUGAUAUUGCACCGGGACCACUGCAGAUUGAUUGUGCCUGCUAUAAGUUUAUAUUAAGCAUAAAUACUAAUGGUAUUAUUUCACAUGUUUCGGAUGCCUUUAUUGGUCACAAUGACGAUUUAACAAUUUUCAAAGCAUCCAACUUCAAAGAUGUUAUACCAAAAUAUCUCUCAUUAAUGGCCGACCCUGGCAAAGCGGUGAGGAGAAAACGUAAACCAAAAACCAACCCACAACGACCACAUCAUCAACAGCAGCAACUUAAAAUACCCAGUAUAAAUAAUAAUGGUGAAACGGAUUCAACAACAGACUCAGCCGAUGAAUCGGCAGAUGAUCUAAUACACGAUGAAUCUUCACAAGAUGGUCGUCUGAGUAAAUAUACAGCAUCACGUGUAGCUGGUGAGCUGGCCUCUAAUCAAAGUUUAACGGUUGUCAAUAAGGAGCUAACCUCAAGGCGUCUCAAGAACUUUAGUGUACCAACAAUGCGUGUUCGAGAACCGGUGUGUCGUGCACAAAUGCGUCACAUGAUCGAUAGUCUGCAGGAGUUUCGUAUCUUACAACCCUUGGCAAUUAAAGAGUCAUUUGUCUAUCAGUAUCUCAAUGAGGUGCUGAUAGUAUGUGCUGCCUUAAUUAAUUUACAAAGAUAGA